CUUCCCGCCAAUCUUGGCGGCCUCGGUGCUGUCGCCGGGGACGACACACCGCUGCGUCGCUGACCGCAGGUCCAGGCCCUGUGAGCGCCUUCAGGAGCUGCGCCAGGGCCCGCCACUCCCGCGGCCAUCCUCGCUCGGCUCCCUUCCCACAAUGCAACACCCCCGCGGCCUGGCCGGACACCGGCGUGCCCCAAAAUGCGCCUCCCGGUGAGGGAACAGCCCCCCUUUCUUCCGCCUGCUCCCCCCUAGUCGCACCACUUCCAUCCCCAAGGCUCCAGCCGCCGCAGCAGCCGGGUUCUGGGCUCGCUGCCGGACCCCAGAAGGGCGUGGGGCAGGUGUCCAGGCUCCGCGCAGCCUCCGCUCCCGCCGCCACAGUCCGUGUGCCGAGCACACGCACACCCCGCAACCCCUCCCUCACCCCUUCCCCGAUGUUCAGUCUCCGCCAGCCGCGGUUGCUGCAUCCUCCGCUUGCGGCGAGAGGGAGGCAGCAGGUGCGGCCGCCAGCAGAAACCGUGUGACGGCGCUGCUCCGUGACACGCAGCUCUGGCUGAAGAGCGGACGCGCGGUGGAGGAGGUGACUGCGCUCGGGACGUGGAGGCAUGGCUUGACUUUUCCCGUUAAACUAUCACGAGCCAUGGAUGCGCACGGGCGACGCGCCCCCCCAGUAGGAGAAAGACCAGGAUUCGAGAGCCUCAACGCUCUAGCGUGUCGCAAUAUUUAUUGAGUGCCUACUGUGUACCAGCUCUGUAUCUAUGUGCAUACAAAAACCCUGGAAGGUCAUACUCCAGUAUAUAUACAUAGUGAUCGUCUCUGCUUGCUGAGAUAACAGGGGUGUCGAGCUUAUAUUUUUGCUGCUAUCCACUUCUAAAUACACGCAGAACAGGAGAAUUUAGAAGAAUUUUUUGACUACAGGGGCUUUUUAAACAUGAUGCAUUUCAAAAGUGGACUCGAAUUAACUGAGUUGCAGAACAUGACAGUCCCCGAAGAUGAUAACAUCAGCAAUGACUCCAAUGACUUCACAGAAGUAGAAAAUGGUCAGAUAAAUAGCAAAUUUAUUUCUGAUCGUGAAAGUAGAAGAAGUCUCACAAACAGCCAUUUGGAAAAAAAGAAAUGUGAUGAAUAUAUUCCAGGAACAACCUCCUUAGGCAUGUCCGUUUUCAACCUGAGCAACGCCAUUAUGGGCAGUGGGAUUUUGGGACUCGCCUUUGCCCUGGCAAACACCGGAAUCCUACUUUUUCUGAUCCUUUUGUCUUCAGUGACACUGCUGUCUAUAUACUCAAUAAACCUUCUGCUGAUCUGCUCAAAGGAAACAGGCUGCAUGGUUUAUGAAAAGCUGGGAGAACAGGUCUUCGGCACCACGGGGAAGCUCGUCAUCUUCGGGGCCACCUCUCUACAGAACACCGGAGCAAUGCUGAGCUACCUCUUCAUAGUAAAAAAUGAACUGCCCUCUGCCCUGAAGUUUCUGAUGGGAAAGGAAGAAGCAUUUUCAGCCUGGUAUGUGGAUGGCCGUGUUCUCGUGGUGAUAGUUACUUUUGGCAUAAUUCUCCCUCUGUGUCUCUUGAAGAAUUUAGGGUAUCUUGGGUAUACUAGUGGAUUUUCCUUGAGCUGUAUGGUGUUUUUUCUAAUAGUGGUUAUCUACAAGAAAUUUCAAAUUCCCUGCAUUGUUUCAGAGCUAAAUUCAACAAGUGCUAAUGCAACAAAUGCUGACAUGUGUACGCCAAAAUAUGUUACCUUCAAUUCAAAGACUGUGUAUGCUCUACCAACCAUUGCGUUUGCAUUUGUCUGCCAUCCAUCAGUUCUGCCAAUUUACAGUGAGCUUAAAGAUCGAUCACAGAAAAAGAUGCAGAUGGUUUCAAAUAUCUCCUUUUUUGCCAUGUUUGUUAUGUACUUCCUGACUGCCAUUUUUGGCUACUUGACAUUCUAUGAAAAUGUGCAGUCAGACCUCCUUCACAAGUACCAGAGCAAAGACGACGUGCUCAUCCUGACGGUGCGGCUGGCUGUCAUUGUCGCAGUCAUCCUCACAGUACCGGUGUUGUUUUUCACGGUUCGCUCAUCUUUGUUCGAGCUGACUAAGAAAACAAAGUUCAAUCUGUGUCGUCAUAUCGUUGUCACCCUCAUCCUCUUGGUUAUUAUCAACCUGCUGGUGAUCUUCAUUCCCACCAUGAAGGACAUCUUCGGGGUCGUCGGUGUUACAUCUGCUAAUAUGCUUAUUUUCAUUCUUCCUUCAUCUCUUUAUCUAAAAAUCACAAACCAGGAUGGAGAUAAAGGAACUCAAAGAAUUUGGGCUGCCCUUUUCCUGGCCCUGGGGGUGCUGUUCUCCCUGAUCAGCAUCCCCUUGGUCAUCUACGACUGGGCCUGCUCAUCGAGUGGUGGCGAGGGCCACUGAGACCGGCCGAGGAAAGGAAACAGUCCCAUCUGCUGCUCAGCGCAGUCACCAUGCAUCUGCCACCCUCAUCACUUCUUUCGCAAGUUUACAGAAGCAAACAGAAAUCUAUGGGAUACUUAAAGUGGAAUAACACUUUGGUAGCAAAACAGAACUGUUUCUAUUAUGGUUUGUGUCCCUCCAAGAUUUGGGAUAAAUUUAAGGAUCGUGGAUUUUUUUUUCCAAAUUUCAUGCAAUCAUAUUUCCUAGUACUUUCCACAAUCAGUUAUUUUUCAGUUUCCUAACUCAAUCUUUUGUGAUGCUGUGAUCUGUUAGAACUUUAAAACCAUGAUCACCAAUCAUGUUUAUUUAUUAGAGAUCCAGGUCUGAAAUAAUUUUCUCACUGAUGUUCAGGUCAUACUAUCUGUACCUUUUUAGAAAAGAAAAUAACUUUGAAUUGUAUAUAUUUAUUUUGCUUUACAGAAAAAAAUGGUUUCAUAAAUAAUUUGCCUAUUAACAUAGCACACAGGGAAAAUCAUGUAAGAGUCACAGGGCGUGUGCUGUGGCUGGGGCAGAACCCACCGGGCAUUUGAAGUGGCCGUGAUCACCCGGCCGCUGACCCCGGCAGUCCGGUGGCCUCACAGGUCCAACGUCGUGCCCCACACAGAGACUCAGAGAUCUUCUCUGGUGAAGUGUUCUCAGCAGGGGGUGGGGCUGGGGGCGGAAGUGACUCUUUCCUUGGUCAAUGUAUCGAACUACACAUCUGGGUAAUCUAGCAAAUGAUGUUUUUUCCCCCUUGGUGACUUGUGUCAAAAUUACUCUGAUCUGAGUUGGUUUCUACUGGAGGAGCCCCAGGUAAUAAGUGGGGGAGCAGAGGCACCACGAGAAGGUUGUCGGAAAGGCCUGAGCAGAGACUCCUCUGCUGCGGCUCGCCUCCAGCCCUGCACCCUACAUGCACUGUUGGGGAGGGAACACAUUUUCUUGAAUUACAGGUUCAGCAGCUUUUGUUCAUGUCCACCAGCUCUUUGCACAGAGAAUAACGUGUAUCUAGCCAAGGGAGAUCCUAGGAUAAGUAAUUCCUGUUUUAUAUUGGGUACUUUAGGGGGGGGGUCUUUAAAAGACUUAUUUUAUAUCUAUAAAUUUAGGUUAUUUCAAAUAUAAGAUUUUUAUAUCUUAACUAAGCCUCAUUCCUACUUCUCCAUUAACAGUCCAUCCAGAGUCGUGAAGAAAGAGACCCCUCAGAGACAGUCUCUGAGGGGAACUUGUGACUGAAUCACUGAGGACCUUCCUUCCCCCAGAUGAGGGCCUUGCUGUCUGUGUGUCUGUGCUGCUUGUUUUUGCUCCCAUCCGCGCAGUGCCCCACACCCCCCACACAGGAGGACAGAGCUGCCUCUCACUCUUACCCCAGCCCUUGUCCUUAAGGUGGAGGAAGGAAGCUGCACAGGGACAGGGGAAGGAGAGCGUGCGGGACAAGGUGGCUCUGAGAGCAGUGGGGAACAGAAGCCCAAAACCGCAUCGCCCCUGAGCUGGGCUGUAGCCUGUGAUUGGAUUGUCCAGAUCACACGGUAAGAAAUGUCUGUGCUCCGUGAGCUGGUCUCUCGAAACAGGCCUCGAGUUUCAGUCUAUAUAUUCUGGUUGAAUUUCUCAGACACCGACGUUCACCGAGCACAGAUUUCUUACCCUGAGAUAAGUAGAAUCUCACUGCAGACUCUGGGCAGGGUUUCCAGGCCCCAGGCUCUGGCUUCUGUUCCCCCCUCACUCAAAUCCCCAGAAACCCCCACACGCACGGGGAGAGCAUGGAACUGUCCCCUCCCCUUUACAGACCCGUGCUCCCGGGAAAAGGCAGGCGCCUCCCCAUGAUCCCCCUGGGGGAGGAGAAAGGUUGGUCCCUGCAUUUCUGGGUAGGGCCAUCAUGGCUUUUAAAGUACUUUCCCAGAAUGACAUCCACAUUAGGUCAGAGUUCAGAUAUUUAGACAUGAAUAACUACCUGUGAACGAAUACCUAACCCAGUAAAACGCUCUGUCCUUUUCAGCAGUGUCUUCCACAUUGCGGGGGGGCGGCGUGGAGAAACUGAGCAAAACAAGUCAGGCCAGCUGGCCCUUGGAGCUUGUCCAGAGCACCGAGUGGUGUAGUAGCCAGAGAGUGGGAUGAACCUCCAUUAAAAAUACAUAAUUUAGUUUCCAAGCUAUAUUAUUCUACCUUUUCUUUUCCUCACUAAUUUAUAACAAUGUAUUUUACACUCCCAAAGUCAAUUUAGAGAUUUAUCAUUAACUCUUGGGGGAAGAAGGCUGUGUGGUGAUAUUUUUGGAUCUCUGGAUUCUAUGUGUUAGUACAGGGAAUAAUUAUUUAAAAUAUAUUUAUUUAGAGGAGAUACAUUGUUGAUGCCUGUGAUGCCACAGGUUUUUAAAAACAUUCUUUAUAUGUUUAUCUAAGUUUGUUAUUGACUGAAUAUAAUAGUCCCUGCUGUAACCUGUCAAACAUCACUGAUUGACGACAUUACUUGUGUCAGAUUAGCUGUAAGUCUACUGCUCUUACUCUUCUUGUUCAGAGUAGCAAACUGGUAGCCAAAAAUACAUGUAUCACAGAAGUUAGGUAGAACUUAAACAAUAUAGUCAAGUACUAUAGAGGUUUUUCUGCUAAAUUAGUAGACUACAGAACAUUUUACCUGAGCCACUGGGAGCCGCACAUUUUCCUUUGGUAGACAGGUCUCAACGCCAGAGAACGGUGCCAGCUCCAGGCUUGGGGUUUAGAGCUGUUCUCUCGUCAUUGCAGCACGGAGUGCUAGGAAGCUCUCAUUUCCUCAACGUUACCUGGUAGAAGUGGGGGCAGUCGAGUGCACACAGAGAAGAAACCCAGGCUUGUUCAGCAGAGGCAGUCCCCAGCUGACAAACUGAUUGUAUUGCAAAACACUGUCAGUUGAUUAUUUGCAACCUGGACUGUAACUGGUGUACAUGGUGGUUAGGCCCCCAGAACAGCUAGAAAAGAUUAUUCAGCCCAUAGUUUAGCCGAAAUUGGAUAAUGUAACAAGAUUGUUGAAGAACCUAACCACUAAAUAUUCUUUCUAGGGGUAGUUGUUCAGAGUGCCAAGGAUGCAUCAUUCCUGUUGUUAGCAGCAUCUGGAGUGCCCACCGCAGCCACCCACGCCUGCUGGAUGGGGGGCGCAGGGUCACCACCAGUCAGAGGUGACCAGAGUGGCCUGAAGCAGGGUCUCCGGCAAAGGAGGGGAAGGAUGAGUCGGUGCGGCCCGAGAACCUAGCGGUAGGAGGAGGUGAAGGAGGAUGAGGGGCCUCUGUGAGCUGUAAACCUCCAGGGGCCUUCCUCAGCUGAUACCUUCUUUUCUCUGGGGUCUCAGGCUUGGCCUGCCUGCUUCUAUUUUUAGGGCCUUUUGCUGCCAUAGUUCAUUUUCCCCGUGCACUGGACACACAAAAAGGAUGUUGCUGCAGAGCCUCUGCCAUCUGCCAGUCAUUGGACCCAGCAUACAGCACCUCUAGUGGUUCAGGGCUAACAACUCGUCGUUUCACUGCCCGGUAAUCAGACGGGGUGAAACAGCUCCCUACCCACUUUCUUCUUUUUACAUUUGCACACCCAGUAGAGAAAGGCACAUGUGGGUGAUGGCUGCGGGGUUUGGGGUGGACAGAGGAUGGUGGUAGGAUUCCAUGGUGUUUCAGAGGACCCCACAGUUACCCCAGAGCUGACUUUUCUCUGGACUCAAGCCUCUAAGCCAAUGGUUCUCAAAGUGUGGCCCCCAGACCAGCAGUAGUAGCAGCAACAGGUGGGAAUGCAAAUUCUCAGGCCCUACCCCCGACCUAGUGAAAUCAGGCUGGGGGGCUGGAGGAGUGACCGGACUGGUGUUUUAACACGCCCCUCUGGUGGUCCUGAUGCAUAUUAAGUUCGAGGGCCACCCUGAGCCAGUUAGUCUUAUUGUUCUCCCCAGAGGUUGGUUCACAGGACUCGUGGGAUGAGGAAUGGGGGCCUGGACUUGGGGAGGGAGGGAGCGCCUCAGUAGCGGAGCCUCCACCCCCUUCCCACUGGAAAGGCUGAUGCAGGUUCUGAAUGGUAAGCAGAGGUUGUCUGCACUCUGGUAUAACUUUGGGUUGAGGCACAGUACGUUCACAUUUUUUAGACCUAGGAAGAAGGUGAGGUGUUAACUGUUUUCUGAUUUGGGUUUUUUUUUAAAAGGGGCAUUAAAAGAAUAUACCCUAUGUCAGUGAAGCCUUAGAGGAAAUGCUGGAUUCAUGUCAGGAGUAAGUUCUGCAGAAUGUUUGAGUUUGUGGUGCAGUGAGUGAUGCUGUCUUCUUUUUAAAGUAAAUUCCCUAAGAAAAGGUCUGCUCUGAAUGAGGAGCUACAAACUGCUUGGAAAGCAAUGCAGAGCUCAGUCCCAUUUUGGUGCAUCCGAAUGCUGGGCAGCACAGUGGGGUGGGGAGGGGGUCGGCGAUAUGACCAGAUAUUUGCUGUUAUGUCUUAGAGCAAAAGCCAUCAGUUUCCCUCAGUUUAUCCAUGUAAAUGGCUUGAGGCUUAGACAGGGCAUUAGUCUCAAGGAUGUAACGCCUCCGUUCCAGUGCACAGUAAACUUCCAGCCACGUUCAAAACAAGGAGGGUGCGGACUACAGCAUGUAGCAGUGCUAAUUAAUGAAUUACUUCCUUAGGGAUGGCAGACAGAGAAUCCUUUAGCAGCAGAGCAUACUUCCUCCAAAAUGCCGUGAAUUAUUGGUGAUAUAAGGCUAUGAGGUACAAAAUGGGGGUGGGGUGGCUAACAACUGAAAAAAAUCACCAAAUCUAAAAAAAGUUCUUGGAAAAUGUAUAAAAUUCAUAAGGGUUAGGCAUUUCCCUUUUGGGUUUUCUCAGAGGAAGGUCUGUGAAGCCGGGCUCAUCGGUAUACAGGCUUGAAUUUUUGUUUUUAAAAGGAAGUAUCUAUGCAGCUGAGGCUUAUUGUAGGAAAUACUUCAUUUGUAUGUAAAUACACUGUAAAUAAAUAGGAGGCUGUAUAUUUUUGCAGUUGUUGAUCCACAUUGAAAUAGAAGUCUCUUCUGCAUAUGAAGAGUAAAAGUUUUCAUAGAUAUUAGUGGUUUCAUUUGGGAAUUAGAAAAUUUUACAUUCUCUCCCAGGUAACAUAGUUCUCUCAAUGUAAACUUGGAACCUAAAAGUCUUACUUAAUUGUUUAGAAAGAGAAAUGUCUGAGAAAUAGUUGUACUGAUUUCUUAUACUGAUAGUAAGAUCAAUUAUUUAAAAGGUAGUCCUCUGAGCUACAACUAAGGAAUAUUUAGACCCAAAUUAUUAUCAUAUAGAAAUAGAUGACCUAAAACAACAACUGGUUUCUUCAUCAUGCUCUUCUACUGUUGACACCAACACUACUACACAGUAUUUAUAAAAACAGAAGUUGGGGAGGAGAAUGUUAUUUUUUCAAAAUUGAAUUGCUGCAUUUCCCAAACUUUGGCAUUUUUGAAAGGGAGUAGAAUCUGAACAUUCACUAGGAGCACAAAUUUGAAAGAGGAGAAAAACACAUUAUUUUAUUGAGCUUUUGAAAGCUGUGCAUGUUUGCCUUUUACCUUCAGUGUUGACGCCAACAUAGACUGUCCUAAGUAAUUUUUUCCCAAAGCCCUUGAGUCUUCGUCGCCGGUGUGCGGUCCGUUCCCUGGCGUCCGCUGUGUGUGUGUGUCAGACGUCACCGAAGUCCCGUGCGUGUAGGCACGCCGCUGUCUUAUUCAUGUAAGAACCUCGUGAAUGAAUUUUAGAGGAAUAACUUAAGUGAGUCACAAGUCACAAAACCUUGUUAAUCAAAUAGAAGUUUUGGUUUUUCCCCCCAGGAUGUGGUGUAAAUAAAGAAAUGUAAGACAUUCUGUUCUAUAACUGCUCUAUUAACAUAGUUUUUAAACAUUAAAAUCAUGAACUCAAAC